UAGCUGAAGGAGUAGCGGCUUUCUCGAGCGCUGUACCUGGUGGGUUGCAGGUCUGGGGUCCUGGUGACAGCACAGGAGCAGGGUUGGAGCGGGCCGUCGGGGCUGAGCGGCGGGAUGAUGGAGGAGGAGGAACUGGAGUUUGUGGAGGAGCUGGAGGCCGUGCUGCAGCUCACGCCUGAGGUGCAACUAGCCAUCGAGCAGGUAUUUCCAAGCCAGGAUCCUCUUGAUCAAGCUGACUUCAAUGCCGUUGAGUACAUCAAUACUCUGUUUCCAACAGAGCAAUCUCUGGCAAACAUAGAUGAUGUCGUGAACAAAAUUAGACUGAAAAUAAGGAGACUGGAUGACAAUAUCCGGACUGUUGUAAGAGGUCAGACAAAUGUGGGGCAGGAUGGAAGGCAAGCACUCGAAGAGGCCCAGAAAGCCAUUCAGCAGCUCUUUGGCAAAAUCAAGGAUAUCAAAGACAAAGCAGAAAAAUCAGAGCAAAUGGUGAAGGAAAUCACCCGAGAUAUUAAGCAGUUAGACCAUGCCAAGCGCCACCUGACCACCUCAAUCACGACACUGAACCACCUACAUAUGCUCGCUGGUGGGGUCGACUCCCUGGAAGCCAUGACCAGGCGCAGACAGUAUGGAGAAGUUGCCAACCUCCUUCAGGGCGUGAUGAAUGUUCUGGAGCACUUUCACAAGUAUAUGGGAAUCCCACAGAUCCGGCAGCUUUCUGAAAGGGUGAAGGCUGCGCAGACUGAGCUAGGACAGCAGAUCCUGGCUGAUUUUGAAGAGGCGUUUCCUUCACAGGGUACCAAGAGGCCAGGAGGACCCAGCAAUGUCCUGAGAGACGCAUGCCUGGUGGCUAAUAUCUUGGACCCCAGAAUCAAACAGGAAAUCAUCAAAAAGUUUAUUAAACAGCAUCUAUCAGAGUAUCUAGUACUUUUUCAAGAAAACCAAGAUGUCGCCUGGCUGGACAAAAUUGACAGACGUUAUGCCUGGGUGAAGCGCCAGCUUGUGGACUAUGAGGAGAAGUAUGGUCGGAUGUUUCCGCGGGAGUGGCACAUGACGGAGAGGAUCUCAGUGGAAUUCUGCCAUGUGACGAGGACAGAACUUUCCAAAAUCAUGCGAGCCAGAGCUAAGGAAAUUGAAGUGAAAUUGCUUCUUUUUGCAAUUCAGAGGACAACUAACUUUGAGGGGUUUCUUGCAAAACGCUUCUCCGGUUGCACCCUGACAGAUGGAACCCUGAAAAAGCUGGAGUCCCCACCGCCAUCUACCAAUCCCUUCCUGGAAGAGGAGACAACACCAGAGAUGGAGGAGCUGGCGCUGGAGAAAGGAGAAUUAGAGCAACCAAAGAAGCCGAAAGCCCCAGACAAUCCAUUUCAUGGUAUUGUUUCCAAGUGUUUUGAGCCUCAUCUCUACGUGUACAUUGAGUCCCAGGACAAAAACCUCAGCGAGCUGAUAGACCGGUUUGUGACAGACUUCAAAGCCCAGGGUCCACCGAAACCGAACACUGACGAAGGGGGUGCUGUACUCCCCAGCUGUGCUGACCUCUUUGUCUACUACAAGAAGUGCAUGGUGCAGUGCUCACAGCUCAGCACAGGCGAGCCCAUGAUCGCCCUGACUACCAUAUUCCAGAAGUACCUCCGAGAAUACGCCUGGAAAAUCCUCUCUGGCAAUCUGCCUAAGACCAGCAGCAGCAGUGGGGGGCUGACCAUCAGCAGCCUCCUCAAAGAGAAGGAGGGCUCCGAAGUGGCCAGGUUCACUCUGGAGGAGCUCUGCCUCAUCUGCAGCAUCCUCAGCACAGCCGAGUACUGUCUGGCCACCACCCAGCAGCUAGAAGAAAAACUCAAAGAAAAAGUGGAUGUGAGUCUGACUGAACGAAUUAAUCUCACUGGAGAAAUGGACACAUUCAGCACUGUCAUCUCCAGCAGCAUCCAGCUGUUGGUUCAGGAUCUGGAUGCAGCCUGCGAUCCUGCCCUGAUUGCCAUGAGCAAGAUGCCAUGGCAGAAUGUGGAGCAUGUUGGUGACCAGAGCCCUUACGUCACUUCUGUUAUUCUCCACAUUAAGCAGAACGUCCCUAUCAUCCGAGACAACCUGGCUUCCACACGGAAAUACUUCACGCAGUUCUGCAUUAAAUUCGCAAACUCAUUCAUCCCCAAAUUUAUCACCCACCUCUUCAAGUGCAAGCCAAUCAGCAUGGUGGGAGCAGAGCAGCUGCUGCUGGACACGCACUCCCUGAAGAUGGUCCUGCUCGAUCUCCCAUCCAUCGGCUCCCAGGUGGUGAGGAAGGCACCUGCCAGUUACACUAAGAUUGUCGUGAAAGGCAUGACCCGGGCUGAAAUGAUCCUCAAGGUGGUGAUGGCCCCUCAUGAGCCAUUGGUGGUAUUUGUUGACAACUACAUCAAACUCCUCACGGAUUGCAACACAGAAACCUUCCAGAAAAUACUGGACAUGAAGGGGCUGAAGAGGAGCGAGCAGAGCGGCGUGCUGGAACUCUUUCGACAGAGGCUCCCCGCCCCACCCUCAGGGGCAGAAAAUUCCAGCACACUGUCCCUAAUGGCUCCAACACCAGAGCAGGAAUCAUCCCGCAUCCGCAAACUUGAGAAACUGAUUAAGAAGAGACUGUAAGGAAUAUACAGACAUUGCCAGGGACCCUGAGCUACUGAUUUCUGGAAACCCUCACUCUUAGGACUCUUAGGUCCUCAGUCUUGAAACCUCUAGGGGCAUUAUGGUUAUUAAACUAUCUCUCCCAUUCCCUGUCUUCGCUCUAUGCCAAUCAGGGAAACUGAGUGAAACCGGGUUGUAAAAAGGCAUUUUUAGAUUACCUACCAUUCUGAAGCUGGGUCAGCAUUGGGUGAAAGGUCCCUGUGGCUCACUUCUAUCUCCAGGCUGCCGUGAUGGUUGAGUUGCCAUGUCACCUCCCCACAUAGCCCUCCUCACCAGCUCUGGACCCCACCAGCCUGGACCUGCAGCUUGACUGAGGAAGCAUGGAUCUCACCCCUUCCUCCCUCUGCAUUUGAGGUCAAAGCCUCUGCAAUCAGGGGUGCCUUUUCCCUCCUUGUCUCUGGAAUUGGCUUGGGGCCUGAGUGGACUUAGUGACAGAUGACAGAGUGGGAUACUGGCCUCUCUCUAUCAGGACCCUGCCAGGAUUGGCACAUCCCGUGUUACCUGCUGCUUUCUGGGGCUUCAAUCUGACCUCCAUGACAUGGCCAAAUUACCCCCGGGUCCUCCCACGUCUCUGUACUCCCCAGGAGAGCAAUGCACACCGCUUAUCUUACACAUGAGGAGGCAGACUAAGGAUGCUGGCAUGCCCAGCCUGGGCAUCAGGUGUCUUGCCUGUGAUGGGCUCCUGAGCUGGUGUGGAAGCAGACCUAGAGCUGACUUAGAGACUGCAUGGCGCUCUCCCUGAACAUGAACACAUUGUCCUGCCCACUUUGCUCCUGGAUCCGAGGGAGGGGACUGUCUUCUGAGACACCAGGAAGUUCCCUUGGAAGGGCUUUCUUUGGCUUUUUUGGCAGAAGCUGUGAGAAGGAAGACACAGGAAAUCUGGCCGCCUGACUUCCCACUCCCUGGUACAUUGCAAGUCUGGAGUACUUUCCAGAGCCCCUGAAACAUGGUGGCCGCAUGUAGCACCUCAGUGGCGCAGCACUGCCACCAAGAGAGACACCUAGGAACGUGAUUAUUGACCUUGCACCCCAGAUUCAGAGCCUGGAAGAGCCCAGAGCAUAGCUCAGCCCUGUCCUGACCAUGCUGCCGACCACUAACUCCCGAAAUCAAGCCCUGCAAUGGGGAAUCGCCCCACCUCCAGGGAAUGGCACCUCACCAGGGCAGCCAUACCCUGCUCUCUUGGCUCAAUUACAUGACCACUACCUCAGUGUGACACCAUUAGUGACAGCUUUCGGCAGCUGGGAACAUGUCAUCCAGUAGGACAGUCAGAUCCCAGAUCCCAGGGCCACCCCUUCCAUCACCACCACAGCAACAAACCUCGUCUGCUUAUUUCUGGAUACCCAUAGUGCUCAGCUUGCAUCCUGGGCCCUAUGUCUCUUCUCUUUUUCUUUUCUUUUUUAUUCUUUUGGCCACGAAGCUACACCCCAGUCCUAGAGCCUCAUAUCUUCAUCAGCAUCUAAAACAUUCUUACUAGUCACUAAAGCUCUUCUGUAUUGAGCAUUUUGAAACUCUAAGCAGGAAGAAAACAAGUGGCAGGAAAAAGGCAUGUCACUUGUGGUCGAGAUGUAUCAUAACUUAGACAAGCACAGCCCACUGGUGCUCAGCAGAAGGAUUCCUCUGUGCUGCCCUGUGGGUCCAGUAGUUGUGUGGCUUGCCCUGUUUUGGAAAAGAGGGGCUGCCUCAAAACAGCACAACCAGUUCAGCACCUGCCACCCACCUAGGGGAGCCAAGGAAGCCAGCGGGCUCUUCCCACACCAGGCCACUGUCACCAGACUCACACAGCUUACUGCGCUUCUCCUUCCAGCCCUCCCUGUGAUGGCAUUGAGAUGUCAAGCUGCCAUUCCUCCCAGUCGGUGGUCACAGCCAGCAAAGUGACUUCCUUGAUGUAUUGCACUGUUGGUAAUCACCGAGGAGCCAGCAGAUAGAUGUCAGUAGGAGUUAUGUUAAAUGUCUUCUUGAUGAGGACUGAAUAUGGUGUGUUCUGCAGAGACAGCCUAUUCCUCACCUGGGGAAUGCAUUAGAGUCCCCUGGGGCCCUUUGAAAAAUGCAGAUGUCUGAAGGCUUAGCUCUGUAAGUCUGUAAUAAGGCCUGGCGUGUAUAUGUUUAGAAGCUGUCAGUAUCCACGGGAGACUAGUUCCAGGACCACACACACCCCAUGCAGAUGUUCUGUCCCUUCUGUUAAAUGGCAGUGUAUGUAAAUAAUCUAAGCACAUCCUCUCAUUGACACUAAAUAUUCUAGAGUAUGCAUAAUGCCUCAUAUGAUGUAAAUACUACAUAAAUAAUUAGGUUGUUAAAUAGUUAGGUUUCGGGCGGUUUUAUUGUUUUUGGGUUUUGGUAGUGGUUUUGUUUUGUUUGUUUGUUUGUUUAAAGAUUUAUUUAUUUUGUACACAGUGUUUUGCCUGCAUGUAUGC